AUGGGCCCUGAUCUCGCCCCGUGGCCGGGUCGCGGUGUACCGCUGUGCCCAAGUCGCGGUGUCUGUCCUUACCCGGGUCCUGCUGUCCCAGUGCGUGCCAGGAAGGAGCGUCGGGUGGACAACAUGAAGCCCAAACACCCUGACGAGCAGGAGAUCCCGUUCCGCCUGCGGGAGCUCAUCCGUAGCCGCGAGGCCAUGAAGUGCCCGGGCCUCGGGAAGAAGCGAGUGGCAGAGAAGAAGCAGCAACCUAAGUCCAAGGGCUCCAAGGCCCCGGGGGAUGUCCCCGUGGCCAGAUUCCGGAGAGGGAAGGGGGAGUCGGAGCGUUCCUACUUCUGCCGCAUGGAGCAGGAGGUGCAGCGUGUGCUCUUCCUCGCUGAAAACCAGCUCCCACGUGAGCCUGAGAAAAAGGCUCCAGAGAAGUCCAAGAGGAAAAAAGAGUUUCAGAAAAAAAAGCUGGAAAAAGCUCGGAAGAAGAAGGAGGAGAAGAAGGAGGCUAUGCUGGAGAAGAACCUGUUCAAAGACACAGUGGCCUUCGGAGAGGUGGUGACACAGCCGCCCACCAUCACCUCCCGGCCCAGGGGACAGGGUCCCACCAAGCAGGCUGGAAGGAAGCAGCUGCUGCUGACAUCUCAGCUGGGCCAGAGCCAAGUGUCCCCAGCACCCCCAGUGAUGUCCAUGGCUCGCCAGCGCAUCCUGGAGGAGGAGCGAGUGCGAGUCGUCCAGGCCUACAGGGACAUCCAGAGGCGCAAACAGCUGGAACGGGAACGUGCCCAG